AUGGCAUCCUCAGAAACUCAACCCCUGAUCAACAAAAACCCGGCUCUACAGUCCUACUAUGCCUCCCUAGAAUCUAGGCUUGGGUACCGGCUCAUUUUAGGCGGCACUCGCCAUUUUGGAUAUUACGAGCCUGGCAGCUGGUGGCCUUUCCCCAUCAAUGCGGCGCUCCAGAGGAUGGAAGACCAUCUCUUCCAAGACUUGGAUCUACCCGCUGGUGCCACUGUUCUCGAUGCUGGUUGCGGCAAUGGCUACGUUGCAAUCCACAUGGCGAAUCGCAAGCUCAAUGUUAGGGCCAUCGACGUGACCGAGCGACACGUAGCUAGAGCCCAGAAAAAUGUCAUUGCAGCUGGACUCCAAAAGGCUGUCACGGCCCAGCUAGGAGAUUAUCACCACCUGGAAGGAUUUCCAACCGAAUCUCUAGAUGGAGUGUACACCAUGGAGACACUAGUGCAUGCAACAGACGCGAAAUCAGUGCUCGAGGGCUUCCUCCGCAUUUUAAAGCCCGGAGGCUCUCUUGUGCUAUAUGAAUAUGCGCAUAUCACUCCGAAGGACGCUGAGGCAACAAAGCUUUUCGGGCAGGUCAACGAGUACGCUGCUAUGCCCGCCAACUCAGAGUUUGAAGCAGAUACCCUAUUAUCGUUGCUGGAGGAAGUCGGCUUUACAGACGUAAAACUGACUGAUCUCUCGGAAAACGUUAAACCGAUGCUACGCCUUUUCUUCAUUCUUGCGUAUAUUCCUUACCUCUUCAUCAGGGCAUUCGGCCUCGAGAGAUAUUUCGUCAAUGCUGUGGCUGCGAUUGUGGGCUAUCGAUACUAUGAAUUUCACCGCUACUGCGCCAUUCGGGCGACAAAGCCGACGACCGGAGAAGAACAUCCUGUGGAGCCUAAGAAAGUUCAAUGA